GUUGCAUUUGAUGGUCGAGGAAAACUAAGUUUGUGCGGCCGAGAUGGCUUUCCAGCUGCGGUUCCUGAAGCCGACUUGCUGCAGCCUGCCCAGUAUCGUGCCCAGGACGAGCUCUUGUCGUGUUGGCCGCCAUUUCGGCUCCCAGGAAGCCGGGAUCUCAGCUGAAACAUCGUCCUGCGAACUGUCCAGAUCCGAGGUGAGCAAGCAGGCAUGUCACAACAGUGCCAGUGUGUCAGGACACCCACAAUGCACCAGGGGCAGGCUGACAUGCCCCCUUCCGCAACCUCAAGAAGUCACCUGUACCAGACUCGGGACGCUCGUACGCGAAAGUCAUCAGAAACUCGACUCUGAUUGUGACGGAAACAGUGGAGGAAAGUCACACCGAUGGAGAUCGGUAGCGAAAGAACAGAGUCCGACAUCGCUGAUGGUCUUACCGGAUGGAACACUCCUGCAUCCCUUCAUCUUUGUCAGCCCUGGGAAGCCAGCAGAAGGGGAUCUAGAACAAAAUGUCUUAAAAGAAUCUCUCAAUGCUGUGAACGAACCCUUUCUUUCAUCUACAACAAAAGGAAAAGACAAGAAAUGUAGUACUAAAGAGUCGGAGGUAGAAAAGGGAUAUUUUGACUCUGUUAUUGUGAAUGAAACAAUUUCUAGCCUGCUAGCCCAGUUUGAGGACAUUUUUAAGGAUAAUGUCAUCGCUAGAGAAGUACAGAAAGUGACGAUGUUGCCAUCCCAACAGCUGUUACCAUGGCAACAGGACAAAACCGCAAAAUCUGAAAAUGCAGAAGUUUUAAAAGACAUGGACGUCAUGAUGUCAGUGGAUGUUAAAAAGCAGGCGAAGAGACAUGAACUUCAGAUGACCUCCGAGGGCAAGGUCACGCGACCUUCAGACAACAGAGUGACGGAGGAACAAUUAGCAGAAGUACGGGACAAGCUGGGGGAACAGAUGCCGAGGUUCUUCCGUGGUAACCAUGACUACGGGAUGUACCAUCCUGACGUCGUCUUCAUCAACGACUUCCUCAACAUGACCACCAAAGGCCGCACGACGUACCAGGCGCUCCUGACGCUGCUGAGGAUGGCGGCGUGGACGUACUACGUGGACGUGCGGCUGGACGUGCUGAAGCUGACGUACGAGGUACAGGACGGCACGGUCCAGGCUCGCUGGCGCGUCCAUGGUCUGCCACUGCACCUGCUGCUGCUCAGGUUCUGGAGAAAGGACAAGUCUGGGCUCUACAGAUCCAUCGAUGCGUUCUCCAUGUUCACAGUGGGGCCAGAUGGACACAUCACCAGGCACCACUGCUCCAAGAUGAUGCCAGACCCAGGGAAGUACCGGCGUGUGGUGAGUCUGUGGGAACGUAUCGCAGGUCUGCGUGUCCGGCCGGCCGCCACCCUCAGUAUGGACCCAACAUCUCUAUCCCUUACCGCGCCGAAGGGGGCACCAAAGGCAGCGGAACAGAUCUACUGAGGUGGUUAUAAGGAUGAUAAAACUCCCUUUUUUUAACCUCAAGUGACUGAAGUCUUAUCACGUGUAAAGUACUUCUAAGGGUGAUGUCUGAGAAGAAAAGGAGGUGCUGCUUGCUAGAUUCUUUGUACACAUUUUUCACUCCCUCAUAAUUCAUUUUUAUCAAUCAAUAUUGGGUACACAUGAAUGCUCAUUAUGUAGCAUGUUGCAGGACAGAGUUGGAGGGCCCUCUCAGUAUGGAACCCACCUCUCUCUCUCUUACUGUGCCGAAGUGGCCACCAAAGGCAGCAGGACAGUUCUACUGGGGGGACAGUUACACAUUAGUACAAACAACUGGAUAGAUUUUGUCAGUGACAGUGUACGAACGGACAUCUGUGCAGUUGUUUGGGUGUAACUGUUAUCUUAUUACCUGGAUCUGAUGUUACUGCUGAAAUUUUCUGCUCUUUGAAUUCUAUGGUCGGUCACACCAGUUUGUCUCCUUGGUUCUCAGACAUUUUCAUCAAAACAGAAAUAAAGAAAAUAGACAAGAUGACGACAUACUCAAGUUAGAUCAGACGUCAGACA